AUGAACGCGUCCGAAGAACAGCGUUCUGCUUCCACUGUCGCGUCAGAGGCUCCUUCCGUCGACGUCGACAUUCCGACCGGUGGCCUGGGUAGCUACGGCGAGAAGGAAUACGAUCUGUUCUGCGAUACGGCUUCCAGCUCAACCAGACUUUCUAGGCGUGGGGCUCUACUUCACAAUGAUUUGCACGUUCAGCAUAUGUAUCCGCCGGCACCUAUUGAAGUGCAUCACUCUUCGCCUGUUCCAGUCCGCUGUGUUAAGCGAGACAGUGCAAUUUGCCUGCUUCCUUUGCCGACCACGGAAAGCUCGCUUGAGGGAUCGGAGGUCAUCACACCCGAGGAAACGAAGAAGAGCGAAUUUAUCGUCGGCAGUGUGCCCGAUCCUACUCCCAUGAUCACCUGGGCGGCGCACUUACCGACCCGAGAAUCUCAUGCGAGGCACCACCUUGGAAAACUCGACUUGUCAACCGCGGCAGCCGAAGCCCCACAGGCACUGCCGACACCGAUGCCGGGCACAAUCUUGCCAUUGGAGGACCCAUUUGAAGAUCUCUCAACAGUACCAAACAAACCAUGCGCAACACACGCCUCCGAGUUUAGCACAGAUUCAGCCAGCCGUUCUCCCAAGGAACUGUUGACACAGACAAGCUUCAACGAGAAGCUCCAAGCGCUCAAGAACCCGGAUGCUGGCCACGUCGACCACAAUACCGGUUUGUGGGAGUCGAAUGAUCCGUUUGCACGGGGAGAAGUGGACACUUUGUCGGGAGCAUCCGCGGAAACGUGGUAA